AUGGGAAGAGUGUUUGUAUGGGGAGAUUCACACCUUCCGAAACUUGUCAAUUUUGCUUUACCUCUUUCUGUGAAGCAAGUGCUUGCGAGUGGAUCCAAUGAUUUCUAUAUUUUGUUGGAUGGGGGAGAAUUAUAUCGAUUUAAAUUAAUCAAAAAAUCGUAUGAAGAGACAGACUCACCAACACCAGGAUCUACGACGUCACAAGAUCCAAAUGAAAGUGAAUUUGCAAACAUUUCAACACCUGAGUUAAUAACUCUUCGUGAGGAAGACUUAGCAACGAAUGAGCAUUUAAUAAUGAUUGUUUGCUUACACAGAAGUCAAUUGAUUGGUUUAUCAAACCUUGGAAAGCUAUUUUGGUUAAAAGAUUCAAAUCAAUUAUUCAUGACAUUUGUGGAGGAUAAAGGUAUAGACCAUUCAAAAAUUGUGAAAAUCAGUGGAGAUGGAUGUGAUUCUUUUGUGAUACAUUAUGCCAGUGGAGCAUUGAAGCAAUGUUCUGUAAUUGCCAAUCACACCAUCUCGACCAUUCGACGAUUUCAACCCUCUCAUCAAUUACUUUGUACAAACGACUUUGCAUUUCACAUUCCUGACGAGACUUGUCAAACACUUCAAUUUCAUGGAAAUACUUCACAUUUUCCUGUAAAAUCAAAUGAGCUCAAUUGUCCAGAUGGAGGUUUUUGGGUUGGUGGUUCAGUGAAAGAGCAUCAUGUAUUGUUUUUAUCAAGUUUGGGAAAUGUUUACUCCCUCGGAAUGAACUAUGAGACCAUGUAUUGUGGUGAAUUAAUUCUUCGUGACAAUAGAUUAACAUUGGUUCCAGGACUGAGAGACAUUAUCAAAGUGUCACAAUGUAAAGAUUGUCUAUCAUUUUGGGGUUCUAACAAACAUUAUUUUUGCGCUGCACUAACCAAGAAUGGAGAAGUUUUUACAUGGGGAGGAAAUGGCGACAAGAAUCUUGGACACUCUCCAACGAAACCAAGAUGCUUUUUUGGAACACUUGUGACUGCAUUUUAUGGUCAAAAAAUUGAUCAAAUCGAUUGUGGUUCUACUGUAGCCAUUGCCUAUGCAAAGGAUUCUGGAACUGUGUUUUCUCAAUUCAUCAACAAUGAAGAAUUUAGUGAUCUUAAAUUGGAAUUAAGGUCUUACCGAUCUCAACAAACAAAAGAGAUUUAUUUACACAAAUGUAUUUUAUUGGCACGAUGUCCAACUCUUCUCCAAUUAGUGGAAUCGAAAAAAUUGAAUCGUUUCUUACGAGGAGCAAUUUUUGGUUUGGACUCACACGAACAACACUGUAAGGAAGAAUAUUCUACUGAAUUAGAUGCAACUUGUAAAAACUCGAUUAGAACUGUGGUGACCAUUGACUGUACACUUUCAGACAAACAAAGAAAAGAAUGGGGUUGUGAAGAUGGGUUGAAAAUUAUUUAUGACUCCAUCUGCUUUUAUCUUUCAUAUUUAUACACGGAUCAACGACAUUUCGAUACUCGAAAAGAGAAGGAUCAACAGAAAGCCAGACUGAUUAACUUAACAACAAGAAAAAUGAUUGAACUCUUUUACUAUUUGGAGAGUCAGUUGUGGAAUGGCAAAACUCAAAUUUCACAAACAACCAUUUCUGAAACUUUAAUUUCUGAUCCGUUACUGGAAUCUUAUCUGACAUGGUCAAAAUCUAAAUCUAAAUAUGAAAACUUGUCCAAAGAUAACCGACAAACACGAGGAUUAUUUCUCUAUGGGGAUGUGCACAUUGAGGAUCCAAAAAUUAGGAAAAGUAGAAUUGCAAAACAUUUACAUGGAAUUUUCUCAACACCAAAUACGUAUGAGGAUUGUACACUUCAAAUGACAAGCAAAUCUGGAGAAUUAUGUUCACUCAGUUGUCAUCGAGUCGUGCUAUCCCUUUCAGAAUUCUUCAAAAGUCUCUUUGUGUCAAACAUGCAAGAAAAUUCCUCUGACAAUCAUUGCAUCAAGUUGGAUAGAAAUGAAUUCGAUGAUGACAAUUACUUGUUUAAUGUUGAAAAUCUCUUGCCCAUGAUUUACUUCUUGUACUGUGGAGAACGACCUUGUCAAGAAUUGUGGAUGGGAAAAUAUGACACCAAUUUGUCCACUCUCAAUGCAUGUGAAUGUUUGGCCGUGGGAAAUUAUUUCACUUCUCGACCAUUCAAGACAUUUUGUGAAACUUACAUUUCCAAGUAUAUUGAUCUUGAAACUAUUGUAUCACUCUUAACUAUUUGUGAUGUACAUGCUGCGUAUUCUCUUCGAGAAAUGUGUCUCAAUUUUGCAGUGGAACACUUUGAGCAAGUUUACAUUCAAAAAUCAUUUCAUGAAGAAUUGGAACCAGACACUAGAACUUUUAUUAUCAAAUUAGCGAAAAAGAGAGGAAAAAAGGUAAUGGAUCAAGUCACUCUGAAGAAACUAUGGAAUGGCGAGCAUGAAAUUGAGAAUCAUGUGAAUGAAACCACAACAACGAGCUCAACACCAAAAAGUACAGUUCCAACUUCAACUGCCAACACCACAAAUUCAACAACAAGGAAUUCAACAACUUCCACGCCCCGUAAAAAGUUCUCCUUUUUAAGUUGGCUAUUCAAGCAUCGAUGA